AUGCCGACGUCGCCAGUUUUGGGUUUUACGCCAUCCAUUAGGGAUGUAGCCAAUGUCUUCCUAUCCUCCCCAUAUAAACUAAUAUUUGUGAAUUCAGAAAAACGGGGUGAUGUCGACCAUGCGCCUUAUGAGGAAAAAAAGAAAUUGGAAUCUCCAGGUGCAGGUGCGGAACGGGAAGAAGCGACUGUAAGCGUUGUCCAGGCGAAGCCGGAGGGGGAAAAGACGCAGGGGGGGGAGGAAGAGAAGGAGGAAAAAGCGCCCAAAACGGGGGUCGCCACGGAGGAAGUAACCGCGCCAGCGGGGGAAGUAACAGCAACUCAGGAAGUAGUAGCGGCAGCAAAGGAAGCAGCAAAAGUCGAGGAAGUAGUAGCGGCAACAAAGGAAGCAGCAACAGUUGAGAAAGCAGCAACAGUUGAGAAAGCAGCAACAGUUGAGAAAGCAGCAACAGUUGAGAAAGAAGCAACAGUUGAGAAAGCAGCAACAGUUGAGAAAGCAGCAACAGUUGAGAAAGCAGCAACAGUUGAGAAAGCAGCAACAGUUGAGAAAGCAGCAGCAACCGAGGAAGCAGCAGCAACCGAGGAAGCAGCAGCAACCGAGGAAGCAGCAGCAACCGAGGAAGCAGCAGCAACCGAGGAAGCAGCAGCAACCGAGGAAGCAACAACAACAAAGGAAGCAGCAACAACGGAGAAAGCAGCAACAACGGAGGAAGUAGCCGGUCCAGCUGAGGAAGCUGCAACCGGGGAAGCGGCCGCUCCAGCGGGGGAUCCCGCGCGCACGUGGAAAAAGGCCAAGGGAAAGUCGAACGAAAGCGAAACCCAUGUAGUAGGAAGCCCCUUGAAAAAAAAAAAGUACAAGUUCUUCUGGAAACAAAAACCUAAUAAGAAUAAAAGAAAAGGAAAAAAAAAGAAAGAACCAAAGGAUGAGUCCCAAAAAAAAGAAAAGAAGAAAUUCCCCACGACUAUUCUACUACCAGGGGUUGGAGGAAGUACCCUAAUUGCCGAGUACAACAAUGCAGUGAUUCCUAGUUGCAGCAGCAAUACGUUAAAUUCAAAACCGUUUAGAUUAUGGGUUAGUUUAACUAGGCUUUUUUCUAUAACAUCAAAUGUUUACUGUACCUUUGACACCUUGAGGUUGCUCUAUGAUAAUGAGAAAAAAAUUUAUAUGAAUCAACAUGGUGUAAACAUUACGGUGGAAGAUUAUGGGCGCCUUAAGGGCAUUGACUAUUUAGAUUAUAUUAACAAUACUGGUAUAGGGGUAACAAAGUAUUACCAUACUAUAGCUGCUCAAUUUUUGUCCAAGGGGUAUGUUGAUGGGGAAAGUAUCAUAGGUGCACCGUACGACUGGCGUUAUCCCCUGUACCAACAAGAUUACAACCUUUUCAAAAAGACCAUAGAAGCAGCUUAUGAAAGGAGAAACGGAAUGAAGGUAAAUCUAGUAGGCCAUAGUUUAGGAGGCCUAUUUAUAAAUUAUUUCCUAGUGCAUAUAGUUGAUAAAAAAUGGAAACAGAAAUAUUUAAAUUCCAUCCUGUAUAUGAGUUCUCCAUUUAAAGGUACCAUGAAAACGAUUAGAGCUUUGCUGCAUGGAAACCGCGAUUUUGUUUCUUUCAAAAUUACAAAUUUGAUUAAACUUUCCAUAUCAGAAAGUAUGAUGAAGGCCAUUGGGAAUUCAGUAGGUUCCCUGUAUGACCUCAUUCCAUAUAAGGAAUAUUAUGACCAUGAUCAGGUUGUAAUUAUAAUGAAUGUAGAUUCCUCCCCGAUUGAUGAGAAUUACAUGCAGUCUGUUGUGACCUCUUGUGGAAUAUACAACAGAGACUGCUACCUGAACAGAACCGAUGUGAAGCUGAAGGUUUACACCUUAUCAGAUUGGCAUGUGCUUCUAAAGGGUGACUUGAUGGAGAAAUAUAAUAAUCAUAAACAAUACAGGGAGAGGCAUUUUUCCAUGGACCAUGGGGUACCCAUAUAUUGUGUAUAUAGUGCUCUUAAAAAUAAGAGCACCGAUUAUCUGCUGUUCUUUCAGAAGGAAAACCUAAACGAGGAACCUAUUAUUUAUUACGGAAUAGGUGACGGAACUGUGCCCAUCGAAAGUUUAGAAUCGUGCAGCAAUUUUUACAACGCAGUAGAGAAAAAGUACUUUGAGAAUUAUAGCCAUAUUGGCAUUUUGCACAGCACGGACGCUGUCAAUUAUGUGUAUGAUUCCAUGCAGAAGAUAGAGGGAGACCUGGACGAUACGUGGGGGGAUGUUACCACCAAGGUAGCUCAGCAGGAUAGUGUCCAGGGAGAAGCCAAGAUGAAGAUGUCACCCGAAGGAAGUGACGCAGGAGAGCACGACUUGAGCACGGUGCCUCAGCAGGAAAGAGGCAACAAAUAA